GAAAUAUGCGUUACACCGGAAGCCGGAUAUUGUCACCCAGAAGCUAACAGCAGCCGCGGCUUUAGACCAUUCACGAAGCUAAGAAAGCUAAGAAGAUAGCACUUUAAAGGUUCUUGAAAACAUUGUUCUCGUAUUCAUCCCGGAAAGUUGUGCAGACAUGGCUGCGGAUUGGUUGGGUAGUUUGGUGUCAAUUAACUGUGGACCAACACUGGGCGUCUAUCAGGGAGAGGUGUCAUCUGUGGACCAGUGCAGCCAAACCAUAUCUCUCAGACAGCCUUUCCAUAAUGGAGUCAAGUGCCCUGUUCCCGAGGUCACAUUCAGUGCCAUUGACAUAAAGGAACUAAAGAUUUUAGAUAUCAGUAAUGGCAACGCGAGGAACAACUUUUCAGCAUCGACAAAGGUAAACAGCAAUCCAGUUGCAGUCCCAAAGGGCGACCCCAGGUCCUUGGACAAAGUAAACUCCCCUCAGCACUGCUCCAAAAGUUACGGAGACCGGCACCUGGAUAUUCCCGGUCAGCCUAAAGGAUUUCGUCGAAGACAUAACUCAUGGUCAUCUAGUAGUCGAGGGGCAAACCAAGCCACACCAAAAAAGAAUGGGGUGAAGAACGGUGGCAGCCAGAGGCAGCAGAGAGACGAUGAAUGUUUUGGGGAUGCUAUCGAUGACGGCCUUGAUACAGACUUUGAUUUUGAAGGAAACUUGGCUCUUUUCGACAAAGCAGCAGUUUUCUCAGAGAUUGACACAUCAGAACGCCGCAACGGUGCCAGAUCACGUGGGACUCCACAAGAGCAGCCGCCUUCACGGUACCGUCAUGAUGAAAACAUCCUGGAGGCCAAACCGAUAGUGUACAGACAGAUCACUGUGCCGCAGCCAGGGGCCAAAGAGUACUGCACUGACUCUGGACUUGUUGUGCCCAGUAUAUCCUAUGAACUACACAAGCGGCUGUUGUCAGCUGCGGAGCGUUACGGCCUUUCAUUGGAGCGGAGACUUGAGAUGACAGGAGUGUGUGCCAGUCAGAUGGCACUAACAUUGCUGGGUGGACCCAACAGAUUCACUCCAAAAAAUUUACACCAGCGUCCCACAGUGGCACUAUUGUGUGGCCCGCAUGUUCAGGGGGCUCAGGGCAUCAGCUGUGGUCGCCACCUGGCCAAUCAUGAAGUGGAGGUCAUCCUGUUUCUGCCCAAUUUUGUCAAGAUGCUCGACUCAGUCACCAGUGAGCUCACACUCUUUAACAAGACUGGGGGCAAACAGGUGUCAAGUAUCAAAGACCUUCCAAACACUCCAGUAGACCUAAUCAUUAACUGCCUUGACUGCCAUGAGAACACAUUCCUGAUGGAUCAGCCUUGGUACCGCGCAGCUGCAGACUGGGCGAACAAGAACCGAGCACCAGUGCUCAGCAUAGACCCUCCUGUUGUCGGACAGGGGCAGGCAGUGGAGGCCAAGUGGUCCCUCUCUCUUUGCCUCCCUCUUCCCCUGGCAGAGGGGGCAGGCAGGGUUUACCUGUGUGACAUAGGUAUCCCUCGCCAGGUUUUCCAGGAAUUGGGAAUCAAGUACCUUUCUCCUUUUGGGUGCAAAUUUGUCAUCCCCUUGCAUUCUCCAUGAUGGGACUAAUGGUCAAUGUGACAGAUUUGAUCUUUCACCAUCCUUGACCAUUUGGGUUUCGGCGCCUUAUAUUUGAGAGUUUCAACUGUUUUACAGUUUAUCCAUUAAGUUUCUAAUUCAUCAACAUGAGAAUGUGACUUUUCCCUCAUACUGAAGGACCAUUGUUUGGUACAUUUUGUUUUACAAGGACUAAGUGCAUAUGGAUGGGUUAGGAUAGGAAAAGAUUUAAAAUCUAGAUUUUUAGUGAAAAAACUAAUACCAAGACCAUUAGAGGCUUGAGGGGAGUAAUUAUGUAGAUACCAAUGUGUUCACAUGAUAUUACGGGAUAUUUAGAAGAUAUGUUAUUCAAAAAUACAUCUGAAAUAUUAGGUCCAAAUUCAAUAGGACAAUCUCUAUUUUUUGAAUGUCACUGUAAUCUAACCUCAAUCCAAAGCCAUCUGGUGAAUAAACAGACCCACCAUAUAAUACAUGCAGAUAUAUUGUUAUUACAUUAAGCUGGAUGAGACAACAAAAAUCCAACUUGCAUAGUUAUUAUUGCUAAUGGCCUUGCUUGUCGCAUGCCAUUCAUUGCAGCACUCAGUUACUGUUGUCUGAUGUUUUGUUAGGAUAGCUUUCAUAUUUUGAAAUUGUAAUACCGUCAGGAGUAAUUCAGUCUUCAGCAGAUGCAGAAUAUGUGUCGUUUAUAUUAAUAAUGCUGGGUUUUAAGACUAGACCAGUGUUGACUGGGGCAGCUACUGGAGAGAAUCCAGAUAUCGCCAGUUUUGUUUGUUCUUGGUUAAUUAGGCCGUGAUGAUAAGGGCUCUGAUAAGAUGACACAGCAUGUGGAACCUCUCAUCUUGCCUUGUUAAGUGAUGAUAUGAGGAAAAAAAACAACUUAAUUUUGGUUUAGUUGUGUCAGUUAAAGGACCAUACCAGUUUGCCUGCAAGUGUCAGUACUUAAACUAGAGAUCAUUUAUAUUUAACGUUUGUGCUGAUAAUUUUUAUUGCAGGCCAUACAGUUAAAACUUUUAUGUACUUUGCUACAAAUCCGUCGCGAUUCGUGUCCAUUUAUUGCUGAGCUGUAUAAAAAUUAAUUAGCAGACGCUAAAACUUGGCCGUAUUGUAUAAUCAUGCACAGUUAACAUUAAGUAUCUCUUUUUGCUAAUGUUGCAUUAUUGUUGCUUGAUAAUAUAGAUUAAGCACAGAUUGACUUCAAAUGUCUGCACCUCAUUACACUGACGAGCAUUAACGCACACUUGAUUGAUUACGCAGCUCAAGCUGCUUUGCAAAAGAUUUAUUUUUUUAAAUAUCGUACGAUAAUGAAUAGAAACCAGUGAAUGCUUGGAAAUGUCAACAGAUAUAUUCGACUGUCUGGAAGCUGAAUGGUCUUCAAAGUAGUUAAAGUAGUUUUGUUGUAACAUGAAAGCGAUUAAUAAUAAAUGUGCUAACACAUGCAAAACCACCGAAUUGCCCUUUAAGUUUCAAACAAAGUGAUUUAAUUUUACUUGCCGGUUCAAAAUCUCCACAGUUAGUCGGCUGACAAAAUGUGUAGCGUUUUCUAAAGGAUAAAUGACGUAUAUGUGGAGUAUAAAUGCAUUCUGAGUGAAUCUUAACUCAUAAAAAAAGAUCCAAGAUGCAACUUCCUAUUUGAACCAAUUAGAUUGGAUCUUUUUGAGGGAAAAUUGUUAAAAAAGAAGUUGCUUUUCAGUUUCCACUUCUUGAUUUAUGGAGUAUGCCUGUUGAUGAAUUUGACCAUUACCUGGUAUUGACUAUGAUUGCAGAGCAUACUGUGAAAGAUGUCCAAGAACUACGAGAAGAGCUCAUUGUUUUGUGCUGCUUUUUGAGGCCUUGAGUGGUUUAUUGAGGCUCUACUGCCAGAUCUUUUUGACAACGAAGGUUAAACUCUUUGUUGGUUCUUUAACCACAUGCAGAGUUUUAUAUCUGUCCAGAAUUGAGACGGUCAUGUUUAUAGACCUUUUAUUAUUGGACAUACGUCUUGUGCACAUCAACAUUUCCUUAAUACAGAGUUGAAUCUUGUGUUAUUAAGGUUAUUACAACUCAUAAAAGGCUGAAUUUAUGCAGUCUGUACAUGUACAAGUUAGAAAUCAAGUGAUGUUUGUGAUAUGUUGCUUGGUGUGGGGUUAUUUUCCACACAUGAACUUGUUAAGUGUAAUAUCUCAGGAGGAUUAAAAAUAGUCACGUUAUAUUUGUUGUGCUUUCUCGGUGCACACUUUUAUAGUCUGUACAGAGUUCAAGCCUUCAUUCUGUGAAAAUGACUUUCAUGCACGGAGGUUUUGUCCUUUUUCCAACAUUCCUCUGGCCUGAUGUGUUAUGUCACAUCUGUCGAGACAAGUCUGGCUCGGAAACACCAGCCAGUGUUACUGAAUGUUAACAGAGGGAGGUUUUUUUGUGUUGUCUUUGGCCGCCAGGGGGCCAUGAAACCACACUGUCAGCAGCUCUUCCUUAUUCUGCUGUAAUGGCAGCUUUAUGUACUUAAAUACUAUUUCCUUAUGGUGUUAUUUCUCUAUAAAUGUGAACAGUCAAAAAGCAUGAGGUGAUGAACGCAAACCUGCUGUAAACCUAAAACAUUUUAAAGCAGGUUGAUCAAAUUAGUUUACAUGUUUUAAACUUUCACAUCUGCUAUUUUUGUGGGGUCCAGGCGGGACCAGUUUGCACUUCAGCAAAAACCACAUUUAAUAGCUAGAGGCAAGUUUUAUCUACACAGGAAUACAGUUUCUUUUUGGGAUCAAAGUUCACUGUCAAAGUGCAAAAUACUGUGCAGUCUUCAUCUGUUAUGUAAGCAGAUUGCAUUAAUAAAAAAACGAAC